AUGACCGCGGUACUGAAGGAGCUCCAAUGGCGCCUGCAGGACCCUCGCAUCGACUACCAGACCAUCAUCGUCGGUGUCUCGCUCGCGGUCGCGGCAUUUGAAGGCUACGUUGGGUACGUCGACGCUCUGACGUGGCCACGAAGGGGACGGACGCGCAUCCGUCGGCAAUCGAGGUCGCAUGCCACCCCAGGCAGGGGACUCAGGGGCGCACGAUGCAAGGUCCCAAGUCGAUAAACUGACCCCUAAUGUUCUGAUCAUUCUACAGCUCGCGCCAAAAGCCGUACUUGCUCGAAUCGGAGCACCCCACCUUGCCCGCGUCGCUCGAGCCGUACCUCCCCGCCGAGACACGUCAAGAGACCUACAAAAAGUCGCAGGCGUAUGCCCUGGCCAAGCACCAGUACUCGACCGUGGUCGGCAAGCUCGAGCUCGUGCAGUCGUUCCUGCUCUUGUCGUGCGUUCUCGCCCCUGUGUUCGCAUGGGUCUUCCCCGGCACCGGAUCACCGCCUUCGUUCGUUUCGGCGCCUUGGUUCGGUCGGGGUCACAACGAUUGGACCCUACUCAGAGGUGCAUGGGAUCUGGCGGCCAAGUUGCCCGGUGCUAAAGGCGAGAUCUCGACCAGUCUCGUCUUUGUCGCCAUCUUGACCGUCGUCGGCACUUUGCUCUCGUUGCCGCAAAGCUACUACAAGAAUUUCGUCCUCGAGGAGGAGCACGGCUUCAACAAGAUGACCCGAUCCACCUUCUUCUCCGACGCUGCCAAAGGUUUCGUCCUGUCGCUCGUACUCGAAUUGCCCCUUCUCGCGGGAGUCAUCUGGAUCAUCCACUGGGUCGGCACCGACGGAGUGCUGCGCAUCGUUGCGUGGAUCAUGGCCUUUAUCUUCUCGAUUCAAAUCAUCAUGAUCCCUCUGUACCCUUACGUUAUCGCCCCCUUGUUCAACAAGUACACCCCUUUGGACGAGAACCACGCCGUGUUUCCCAAAGUCAAGGCGUUGGCCACGAGACUCAAUUUCCCCCUCGGUCGCGUCUGGGUCAUGGACGGCUCGAAGCGCUCGAGUCAUUCCAACGCCUACUUUUUCGGUCUGCCUUACCUCACCAAACACAUCGUCAUUUACGAUACCUUGUUGGAGAAAUCGACGCCUGAAGAGGUCGAGGCCAUUCUCGCGCAUGAGCUAGGUCAGUCUCUGAAAAUCGGUUUUGCCCCACAGAAGCCCCCGCCCGCUGAAACGUUUCCAAUCCGAACCUUCCACAGGCCACUGGGCAGGGAAGCACGUCCUCGUUCUUCUCCUGACGUCUCUGAUACAAACCGGUUUCUCCCUCCUCAUCUUCUCCCUCUUCCUGUCGAACCCCGUCCUCCUGUCCUCGUUCGGUUUCACUUCUUCAACCCCUUUCUCCGGCUCGCACGGCACCGGAGGUCCCACCAUCAUCGCCCUCUUCCUCGCCUCGGCUUUGUUUAGCCCUCUUUCGGCGGUCUUACAGUUCACGACUAACACCGUGACGAGGGCGUUGGAGUAUCAGGCUGAUCGGUUCGCGCAUGUUCUGGGACCCGAGUACGCGAAGAACCUCAAGGGAGCUUUGGUCGGGAUUCAUGAGAAGAAUUUGGUCAGUUUAGGAAAAGUGAGCGUGUUACCGCGGAUACGGUGGCGGAAGCUGAUCUGCGUCUGCUUUGCAUAUUCCUUUAGGCCGUCUAUGGCGUCGACCCCGUCUACUCGGCUUACAACAACAAUCACCCGACCUUGUAA